AUGCUGACCAGGUGUUGCCAAUAUGACAUCACCCUCAACAAGGACAAAUUCACCCUAGCUGCCCCGAAAGUAAACUUCUGUGGUUACGUCCUGUCAUCCAAUGGUAUUGCAGCAGACCCCAACAAGGUAUCCACUAUACAUGAUUUUCCCAUACCGUCCAAUGUCACAGACCUCAGGUCAUUUAUGGGUCUCGUCAAUCAACUUGCCGAUUUCACUCCAGACAUCGCAGCAGCAGUGCAGCCCCUACACCCACUUAUGAGUCCCAUCCCCUCAUUCAUUUGGACCCCUGAUCAUAAGCAAGCAUUUAAGAAAGUCAAGACAGCUCUGACUUUGCCACCUGUCCUUGCACCCUUCAACCCAGCCUUGCUCGUGGUCCUGCAAACAGAUGCCUCAAGCUUGUAUGGCCUCAGCUAUGCCCUGCUUGAAAGACAAUGGCCAUGGUCAGAUGCGCCUCGUCCAGUGUGGUUCUCGUUUCCUGAUGGACACAGACACUCACUACGCAACCAUAUAGCUAGAACUACUUGCAGUUACUUGGGCCAUGGCUAA